UGUGUGAUCAGAUUGUUCGAAAUGUAUAACGCAAAUACCAUCACAUUUUUCAGAUCAGAUCAACACUCGGUCUUCUUUGAUUGUUCUAUCGAAAUUGUUACAAUCACUUAACAUAACAUUGUGUUAAAAACAUUCCAUGAAAUGUAGUAAAUCAUAUAGAUAGGUGAUUGCGGCGAGACUCUAAUUCAGGGACGACCUUUGAAGUAGUUGUCCCAUCUCUUGUAGCCUUUCGAUAAUAACCUCAUCUCUAAAAUCCGCCGUAAACCGAUCGCAUGUCAGCAUCAUGCGUUAAACUUGGCUCCGUGACCUUGAAAUGGCUCAAACGCUUCUGAUUGGCUCGUCCCUAAAUUAGAGUCUCGCCAUCAAAUUAGAAUAACGAAUGUAAUUAAUUGAAAUUAUUGGAUAAUACCAGAACUAUAUAUAACUGGUCAAUUUCAUAAGUAACCAUGUUGUAUUUCAAUCUAUUCAUACAAGCAUCUAAUAUAUUAAUAUUGUUUAACUAUACACAUAUAUUCUAUAAAUUUUGUGUAAUCUCAACCAUUUUUAAAUCAACUAGAAAUUGAGAAGCUUAUCAAAUGAUAUAAAUGGUCUUAUGUUAUCAUUUGAAGCGUACAACGGAACGUUGACUGGAAAUCUUGAACGUUUAAAUGAAAAGAAGUUGUUUUUCUCAGCAUUUGCGAAAAUGAUGUGCGAUAGCUUAUUAUCAAAUAUUGUUGAUGAUAAAUUACGGUCAUCUAUGCAAUACUACGAAUCCAGUUUGAAUGAUGUUGUAAGAAACAGUCAAGGAUUUUCGGAAACGUACCAGUGCAAAAUUGGUUCCAUAAUGAGUCCUAUGCGUAAAUGUAUACUUUAAAAAAAACAUUAACCGUUUGCGUGUGUAUGUGUGUGUGUGCACAAAUAUUCGUUUGUCUGUUUAAUCAAUUCUGAAAUUAAAACUAUUAUAAUGCUUCA